GCUUUAAAGAGUUAGUAAAAUUAACAUUUUUUUCACUGUAACAAUGGUAAGCCCUGAGGAUAGAUUUCCAUCAGAUACUCGUGUUGUCUUGAGAGGGCUUAAUGGCGAUUUUAAAGUGGAUAAAACAAAGUAUCAUAUUGUUCAAUGUAGUGAUGAGAAGUAUGUUGAGGUUUUGAUCGAGCAGGCAAAACAAUGUCCAUUCAUCACUCCUUCUACAAAUGAAAGUGGCAUAUUCUCAUUUAAGUACCCUGCUCCAGUGCUCGAAAACCUUGUCCGAUGGACGGCUAAGUAUGGUCUAGACGGGUUUGCAAACAGCAAAAUUGCCCGGCCUUGUAUUUACCGCGAAUUUUCCUGUGUUCUUACAGAUGAUUGGGAUUUUGAUUUUUUCAAUCGUAGACUGUGGACAUCGAAGAAUUACAAAUAUUUUCUUAUUACAAUGAAUGCUGCAGAAGAAUAUAAUAUAAAAGGUUUGUUGGAUCUAAUGGAAGCUGCUCUUAGCUGCAAGAUUCGCAGUGAAGAUGAAUCCACUAUUGUUAACGAAGUUAUGGGAAUUGAAAAGGAUGUCGAAAUAACAGACGAGCUCCUUAAUAAUGUUUCCGACACUUAUCCCUGGUUUCAGGAUUUAAUUACACCUUCGUGAUAUAUUACCAAGGGUGAAAAGUCGGUAAAAGGAUGUUGAUCUGUAACAAGGAUUCAAAGCAAAGCAAUAGAUACAAUAUUACAGGUUAUUUUACUGUGCUAUUCAUUUUUUUUUUAAAGGAAAAGAAAUUAAUUAAGGAAAUAUUUAAUGCUUGUUUCUAAGUACUGAGAAUUUUUGUAUUUAUUACU